CUGUUGUUCUUGGCAAAAUAACAAAUUCUUAAAAAAACGUACAAUACAAAACAAAAUAAAAAUCAAACCUUUGAAAGCGUAAACUGGUGAAGAAAGGAUUUAUAUCUUAAGAAAUGUAUUGAGCGGCACCUUGGAGAAAAUCGUUUCGUGAAAAGCGAUUUUUUUUUGUCAUUUAAUGUUGGAAGUUAAUUUUUAGUUGCAAAAUUUGCUGAGGACACCACCUCUUUAUUUAUUGUCACUUACCUCAUUUCUUAUUGAAGUAUUGUACUUUUGCAAAAUGAAGGCAUUAAUUCGCAUUUGGUUACUGUUAUAUGUAAGCGUGGUCGAAGCUUUCAUGCCUGUUGUUUUGUUCCAUGGAGUACUAUCAGGAUCGGAGUCAAUGGCGUCUUUAAAGCGUUAUAUUGAAAUCCGACAUCCAGGUACUAAAGUUUACAACUGCGACCUCUAUAGCAAUUGGAAUAGUCUGGAAGCCGCAUGGAAACAAGUUGUCGAAUAUCGUGAUUAUCUAAAUAUCAUUAGUAAAAAACACCCAGAAGGAAUAAUAGUUUUAGGAUAUUCGCAAGGAGGUUUGUUAGCAAGAGCAGCAAUCCAGUCAAUGCAUGAACACAAUGUUCGAACUUUUAUAUCGCUAUCUUCUCCUCAAGCAGGUCAAUAUGGAACCAGUUUUCUACAUUUGAUUUUUCCUGAUUUGGCUGCCAAAACAGCAUAUGAGCUUUUUUACUCCAAAGUUGGACAGCACACAUCCGUCGGAAACUACUGGAAUGACCCACAUAAGCAAGAUAUGUAUUUGAAAUUCAGUGUUUUUCUGCCAUACAUAAACAAUGAGAUUAUUUCUGGAAAUUCAACUGAUUUUAAAGCAGCAUUAACUAGUUUAGAUAAAUUUAUUCUUAUUGGAGGACCGAACGACGGAGUGAUUACACCGUGGCAAUCAAGUCAUUUUGGAUAUUACAACGACAGUCUUGAUGUAAUUCCAUUGAAUGAGCGAAAAAUAUAUACAUCGGACGACAUUGGUUUAAAAACAUUGGCGGACCAUGGAAAAUUGAUAAUAAUCGUUAAACCCUUUGUACAUCACUUAACGUGGCACACAAAUAAACGAGUUAUUAAUGAGGUGAUUUUACCUUAUUUAAUUUAAAUUUGUUAAUGCUGGAUUUAAUUGAAAUUCAAAAAUAUACAACCCUCGCUCUUUUUCUGUAAA